GUCUUUUCUUCCUCCUUCCUCUUCCUCUUCCUCCCCCGUCCCUUUCCUCUCUGUCAACAAGCUUUCUGGCUACCAGCUGGAUCAUGCCUCCAGCAAACUCUUCGUCUCUUGACGGUUAUUAGCGCUUACCGUAACUUUCUGAGAUCGAACGGCUUUUCCAAAAGGGUCCUCUUUUAGCCCCAGAACGGAUCUUGAUCGCCUUCAACAGAACUAUUGCUGAUCACUGUGCCUCCAUACCAUCGGUCAACAGCUCAGCAACUCAACCCCAAAAGUUCUUCAUUCAUAAUAGGCAUCCUAUCAGUUCUGGCUAGUGGGUACUGAGACAACUGAAAGUUAGAGAAAGAGGAAAUACUGCUUUUGGUAGUGAAAAUAUGCCUGCCGGUAUGAUGAUUCCGGCGAGAAAUAUGACCUCGGUGAUGGGAAGGAACGGCAACGUUGGUGGUUUUGGAUCAUCCUCAGGUCUCACUCUCGGCCAGCCAAACAUGAUGGAAGGUCAGCUCCUCCCAUUGGACAUGGCUCCCAACACCUCCGAGAGCGAUGUCCCCCGCAUCCGAGAAGACGACUUCGACAGUGCCACCAAGUCCGGCAGUGAAAACCAGGAAGGCGCCUCUGGCGACGACCAUGAUCCCCGUCCCAAGAAGAAGCGCUACCACCGCCACACUCAGCACCAGAUCCAGGAAAUGGAAGCUUUCUUUAAGGAGUGUCCGCAUCCAGAUGACAAGCAGAGAAAGGAACUGAGCCGGGAAUUAGGGUUAGAGCCAUUGCAGGUCAAGUUUUGGUUCCAAAACAAGCGAACUCAGAUGAAGACCCAACAUGAGCGGCAAGAGAACUCACAACUUAGAGCCGAAAAUGAGAAGCUUCGAGCGGACAACAUGAGGUAUAGGGAAGCUCUUAGCAAUGCCUCAUGUCCAAAUUGCGGUGGACCAACCGCUGUAGGUGAAAUGUCUUUUGAUGAGCAUCAUUUGAGGAUGGAAAAUGGUCGCCUACGAGAAGAGAUUGAUAGGAUUUCAGCAAUUGCUGCAAAGUACGUGGGGAAGCCAGUGGUGAACUAUCCACUGCUUUCCCCAACAAGUAUUCCUCCGCGGCCAUUGGAACUUGGUGUAAGUGGUUUUGGUGGGGACGUAUAUGGAGGUGGAGAUGUUGUUAGGUCUAUCAGCGGGCCUAGCGAAGCCGAUAAGCCAAUGAUAAUAGAGCUAGCUGUGGCUGCCAUGGAAGAGCUGGUGAGGAUGGCACAAAUGGGUGAGCCAUUAUGGAUGACCACUCUUGACGGAACUACCACAGUCCUUAACGAGGAUGAAUAUAUCAGAAUUUUCCCCCGUGGCAUUGGUCCAAAACCUGCUGGAUUCAAGUGUGAAGCUUCUAGAGAAACUGCUGUUGUUAUCAUGAACCAUAUCAGUCUUGUUGAGAUCCUCAUGGAUGUGAAUCAAUGGUCCACGGUGUUCUCGGGUAUGGUCUCAAGAGCAAUGACCCUGGAAGUAUUAUCGACGGGGGUGGCUGGGAACUACAAUGGAGCCUUGCAAGUGAUGACGGCAGAGCUACAAGUACCUACACCUCUAGUGCCAACUCGAGAGAGUUAUUUCGUAAGAUAUUGCAAACAGCAUGGGGAAGGGACAUGGGCGGUGGUGGAUGUAUCGUUGGAUAAUUUGCGGCCUAGCCCUUCAGUGAGAUGUAGAAGAAGGCCUUCCGGCUGCUUAAUUCAUGAAAUGCCUAACGGCUACUCAAAGGUGACUUGGGUUGAGCAUGUGGAGGUGGACGAUAGAGGAGUUCAUGAUCUAUACAAGCAGCUCGUCAGCUGUGGACAUGCUUUUGGGGCAAAACGUUGGGUGGCUACUUUGGAUCGACAAUGCGAAAGGCUUGCUAGUUCCAUGGCAACAAAUAUUCCCCCCGGUGAUGUUGGGGUGAUAACGAAUCAAGAAGGGAGGAAGAGCAUGCUGAAACUGGCAGAGAGAAUGGUGAUGAGCUUUUGUGCAGGGGUGAGUGCUUCUACUGCUCACACCUGGACUACACUGUCUGGAACUGGAGCUGAUGACGUAAGGGUAAUGACCCGUAAGAGUGUGGAUGACCCGGGAAGGCCUCCCGGCAUUGUUCUUAGUGCUGCAACUUCUUUUUGGCUUCCAGUUCCACCUAAUAGAGUUUUUGAUUUCCUCCGUGAUGAGAAUUCCAGAAAUGAGUGGGAUAUUCUUUCGAAUGGUGGAGUAGUCCAAGAAAUGGCACAUAUAGCUAAUGGCCAGGACACAGGGAAUUGUGUAUCUCUACUUCGGGUAAAUAGUGCGAAUUCUAGCCAAAGCAAUAUGUUAAUAUUGCAAGAAAGCUGCAGAGACACAACGGGGUCGUUUGUGGUAUAUGCACCAGUGGAUAUAGCGGCCAUGAACCUGGUUCUAAAUGGAGGGGACCCUGAUUACGUGGCCCUUCUUCCUUCUGGAUUUGCUAUACUUCCAGAUGGAACCACGGGACACGGUGGAUCUCUCUUGACUGUUGCCUUCCAAAUUUUGGUUGACUCAGUUCCCACAGCGAAACUUUCUCUUGGAUCCGUUGCCACGGUCAAUAAUCUCAUUGCCUGCACUGUUGAGAGAAUUAAGGCUUCUUUAUCCUGUGAAGCUGCCUAAUGACUAAUUUGUCAAUUUGUUUAAUUAGGAGAAUGAGAAGACGUGAUGUGCGGAACUUCAGCUUAUAUAUAGAGAGGACGAACGAGGACAAGUCAAGAGCGCACCUUAUUUGCAUGAGCCCUUCUCUGUAGUUGAAAAGAUUACUGAGAGGAUUAAGGUUCGGGAUUUGACUUCCCUCCUAUUUACCCAAAAUGUUAUAUGAGAGUUAAAUUAAACCCUGCUCGUUUAACUACUCCCUAUUCUAUUCAAGACUACGUGGUUAGGGUGAGCUAGCUUUUUGGAUGACUAGGACUUUAUAGCUUUCGUGUUACCUCCAUUACUAUAUGUGUCUGUCCUUCUUCAAUUGUUAUUUUUUCCUUGUGUAUCAGAAUUAAGCACUAGGUGGUGGAAAGCUUGCACCCACUAGUGUUCACUCGUUAAUUUUUCUCACUAUCUAUUUUACCCAUUUUCAAGUUUUGGAAUCAAUUAAUGUUGCUGCUUGCUGGUAAUUAAUUAAGUCGCUUUCGUUUCGUUUA